CCCGCUGGGCCACGUGUCGCCCCGAGGCCGAGGGCCCAGGUGCCGACGAGAGCGCCCUGCAGCGGGGUGAGCUGCAGCCCGGAGCCCGGUCGGACGUCCUCCUCCGCGCGGGUCCCUGCGGCCAUGGCGACGGCGGCGCAGACCGACCUGGCUCGCGAGCGGGUGACCUUUGAGGACGUGGCUGUGUACUUCUCCCAGGACGAGUGGGGGAUCCUGGACGAUGCCCAGAGGGUCCUGUACAUCGAUGUGAUGCUGGACAGCUUGGCCCUCACGGUCUCAGUAGGUGGCCAGGGAAUAGAAGCCGAGGAGGCCCCUUCCGAACCAAGCGUUUUGAUCAGAAUAGUCUCGCAGGCCGUUACCUCAAAGCCCAGUCUUCCUGUCCAGAAGACUCGUCCCUGUGAAAGGUGUGUGGAGGUCGCGAAAGACAUCUUGCUCCUGGCUGAACACCACGGAGUGCUUCCCGGGCAGGAGUCGCAUGUCUGUGCGGCGUGCGGAAGUCUGUUUCUUCCCAGUCAGCGCCCAAACCCGCACCAGCGGCAGUGGAGUGGAGGCAGGUGCAUCCAAAGAGACAACGGCACCGUGCUCGUGAGCAGCUGUGAAAGCCCCGUGUCAGACAACAUUGUGCCGUGUGAGGAAGCCGAAGGGUCUCCGAGCAGCCUGGUCCUUCCCCAGAAAGAAACCACCCACAGAGGACAGAGUCCACACAGAAACAGGAAGGCUCCGGAGACGCCACAGGAGCGCCACAGGUGCAGUGAAUGUGUGCAGGUCUCCAAGGAAGAGGCCGGGCCCGGCGUGCGUGGGGACAGUCCCCGUGCGGAGAGCCCUUAUAAGUGCAACGAGUGCGGAAAAUCCUUCAUCUUCAAAAGAAGGCUUCUUGAACACCAGAGAAUUCACACUGGGGAGAAGCCUCACGAGUGCCCUGAAUGUGGGAAAUUCUUUAGGCAGAGGUCUACCCUCAGUGAGCACCAGAAAAUUCACAGGAAAGAAAGACCUCAUAAGUGCAGUGAGUGCGAACAAUCCUUCAUCUACAAAAAAUGUCUUAUCGCGCACCAAAGAAUCCACACGGGAGAAAAACCAUAUAAGUGUUAUGAGUGUGGAAAGUCCUUUCGACAGAGAUCCAACCUCAGUCAACACCAGAAAUGUCACAGUGAAGAAAGACUCUACAAGUGCAGUGAAUGUGAGAAGUCCUUCAACGCCAAAAAAAGGCUCCGUGAGCACCUCAGAGCGCACACUGGAGAAAAGCCUCAUGAGUCUCCUCAGCGUGGAAAAGCUUUUCAGCAGAGGUCUUGCCUCACUGAACACCUGAAAUGUCACAGCGAAGAAGGACCUGGCCAGUGCAGUAGCUGUGGGAAGACCCUCCCCUGAUUGUCCCAACACCCUCAGAAUGAGAGUCCAUGCUGUGGAAAGGGCUUCCGAACGCAACAGGUCUGAGCAAACCUUGGACGUAAAGUUUAACUUUGUGAACUCCAGAGUUCACAAUAAACAAUCUUGUACGAGAAAUGUAAUGCAUUUGAGAAGUCUUGUGGCGCUGGUGAAUGGGGAGAUUUGUGUUUAUUUGCUUGUUACUGAAAGGGGGGUGUCCAGAGUACUGUUCACCUCUGGCAGGCGCAGAACUAAGGAUUGAACCUGGAAACUCAUGGGGCACAGAUCCUGUGCGUUGCCACUGACUCAUCUCCUCAGCCCUGCUUCAUUAAAGGAGCUUUGGUGUUA